GUGUCUGGAAUCCUGCUGCAGACCAGAUGUCAGGCUGUAGGGACGACACAUCCUAACACAAAACUCCCACUCCUGAAAAAGUAGCAAGAAGAGCAAUGGGGGGGGUAAAUAUGGCAAACUGCACACUGUAAUAAUUGCCUAAAGUCCUGGACUGUCUCCAGCAAUCGCUCCCUCUCUCCGCCUGCAGGAGUUAAACGUGGUGGCUACCAGCCCUGCAGACUGUUUGGAAUAGUUUAAAUGCUUUGACACUCUGGACUGGAUGGCAGGAGAAGCAGUUUACAGUGCAAUUCAUAUGCAAAACUGCACUAUAAAUUUCCAACCUGUCUGUGUUGCUGUGGCACCACUAAGCACUCCAUCAGCAUACAGUACAGUAAUCCUGCCAUCUUUGUUUGCAUUGCAGUGACUCAUCAGAAGUCUGUCUUGUACCAACACUGAAAGCAUUAUUCUGGCACUGAUCUUCCUCUGUUUUUUAAAGCUUCAGCCCAGAACUGGCAUUUACUCGGAGUCUCUAAUCAAAGGACUCUAUUCAUUGCGGAGAGCAAGCUGAAUGUUAAUCUGCAUCCGGCCAAUUCAUUGACAUGCUAUGUACUGCUGGGGACAUUUUUGACUUGCUAAAACCUUGAGACAGAGUUUUUGUCUUUUUUGUUUUUGGUUUUUUUUUUUUGUCUUUUCUUUCCGUCACCCUCUAAUGCUCAUCUAUAUAUUUUUUUCUCUUUCUUUUUCCCCUCCCCGGGGCGCUUUUUUAUUUUAUUUAGUACCGUAUAUAUUUUAUUUUUUUUUAGUUGCGGGACACGCAAGGAGGAGGCUCUCUACCCCGACGUCGGGAUACUUGGGACCAGUUUUGGAAUUUUAAGAUGUGAACUGUCUCCGACACGAUUUUCUUGAAUGUCUCUCUAAGCAAAAUCCCAGCCAUGUCACAGAUGUUACACAUUGAAAUACCCAAUUUCGGGAACACUGUCUUGGGUUGCCUGAAUGAGCAGAGGCUCAUGGGACUGUACUGCGAUGUCUCCAUAGUCGUGAAAGGUCAAGCGUUUAAGGCACACCGCGCUGUGCUGGCAGCGAGCAGUCUGUAUUUUAGAGAUUUAUUCAGCGGGAACAGCAAAAGUGCUUUCGAGUUGCCAGCCACCGUGCCCCCGGCAUGUUUUCAACAGAUCCUCUCUUUUUGCUACACUGGAAAGCUAACUAUGGCUGCCAGCGAACAGCUCGUGGUCAUGUACACAGCAGGGUUUCUUCAGAUACAGCACAUCGUGGAGCGAGGUACGGACUUGAUGUUCAAGGUUAGCUCCCCCCAUUGUGACUCUCAGACUACUAUGAUCGAAGAUACCAGUUCAGAACCGCAAAGCCCCUGUAACCAGACGCAGGCCGCAACGGUGCCCUACGUCAUGUCCCCUUCCAUGCCCAUCCCUCUUUUGACCAGGGUGAAAAAUGAAAGUAUGGAGAUUCAACCAAUCGCCGUGCCCAAUUUGCCGGGCAAAAAGCCAUCAGAGACCCAAAACAGAGACAAUUCUAGUGGGGGCAUUACAGGGGCUGUUCCAUCAAAACUAGCCCGAGUGUCCUACUAUGGCAUGUCUAGCUUAGCGGCACUCUUUCCCAAUGUACAGCAAGUCCCAUACUCUCAAGGGGAGCGCACAAGCCCGAGCGCAAGCAGUAUUCCUACCACUGAUAGCCCAACGUCCUACCACAAUGAAGAAGAUGAAGAGGACGAUGAGGCGUAUGACACCAUGGUGGAGGAGCAUUAUGGACAGAUGUACAUAAAAUCGACUGGUGGCUAUACAGUAGGACAGGAGAAAGUAGACCAGAUACAAAACUCCAUGGAAAAUCGCUCCUGUGUCCUCAUCCGCCGAGACUUGGUGGCACUUCCCGCCAGCCUGAUAAGUCAGAUCGGAUACCGCUGCCACCCUAAGCUCUACUCGGAAGGAGACCCUGGAGAAAAGUUGGAACUAGUUGCAGGGGAAAUAAUGUUUAACAACUCAUAUGUUUCUAUAGGGUCUGGAGUUUACAUCACCCGGGGACAACUCAUGAACUGCCACCUAUGCGCAGGAGUGAAACAUAAGGUCCUAUUAAGACGACUCCUCGCCACGUUUUUCGACCGGAACACCCUCGCUAACAGCUGCGGGACAGGAAUACGCUCCUCGACCAGUGACCCGAGCCGAAAACCUCUGGACAGCAGGGUUCUCAAUGCAGUUAAAUUAUAUUGUCAGAAUUUUGCACCAAACUUUAAGGAGAGUGAGAUGAAUGUCAUAGCCGCAGAUAUGUGUACCAACGCCCGCAGAGUGCGCAAACGUUGGCUCCCCAAAAUAAAAUCGAUGUUGCCAGAGGGUGUGGAGAUGUAUCGCUCUGUCAUGGGUGCCACGGCCACAGGUGUUACCCUAGAGUCUGAUUUUCAGCCAAGUCCGGCCCAGGCAUUCGAGCAACGAAUCUAUGCAGAGCGAAGAAGCGAUUCUGGCGCCAUAGUAUCUUUGAGAACUAACACAGCAAACAUUGACCUCACCAACAACUCCAGUCCUCCGUUCGAACAGACCCAAGAGGCAGAGGGGGCAACAGGCUCCGUCAUCCAGGAGGUAGGUGCCACUGAUCCAUUGGCAUCAGAUAACCAGAGCACACCUCCGCCACCAUUUGAACAAACCACCGGCUCUACUAGCCGACCAGAAACCCCGGUGAGAAGACAAGACACUGCUUACAGUGGGACUUUAUAAAAUGUACGAGAGAAGACGACCGAGCAUCCAGACGGUGACCUAUAAGGGAUGUGUAAUAUUAGCACUGCUUGCAUGAAUUACUAAUACAAAACAAAUGUGAUCAGCCACUUAUCCUCAGAACUGCUACUUUUGCCUGACUAAAAUGUGAUUUUUAUUCUGCUUGUAUUAAAAAACAAAAACUAAAAAAAAAAAAAAAAAAAAAACUUAAAAAAUAAUAUGAAGGAAAAACCUAAUCGCAUUCGUUAUACUGUAAAUUACCGGAUCGAAAGUGGCCUCCUUAGAUAAGAAGACAAAAUGGGCUCCUUUUUAACAAUAACAGAACUUACUCUAACGAAAUGAAUGCAUCCAUUAGUUUUCUCUCUUCCAGCCAGGUUGAACGAUCUAUCAUUCAAAAGCACGUAAGAAAAAAAAAAAAAAAGAACUUAAAAAAUUAAUAUAAUCAGCGCCACUCAUCUGUUCAUGGGUAAAACAGAUAUCACCGUCACUCACAUCAGUCAUUCAAGGUAGUGGACCUAAUGGGAAAUGGAUCUACAGGAUGUCUAGGUGCCAUAACAAGGAGUUUUUGUACAACAGAGAUUAUUGGGUUUUACUCAUUCCUUAGUUUACUUUUUCUCUUGCAUUAAGACUAAUGAAUCUGCUUAUGUCAAGUGCUGAUGCAAUAUGACUUGUUUUAUGGUGCAUUCUACUUCAGAAGCCAAUCGGAUGAAUGUAAAGGAUGACAGCAGGUGAAGAGUGUGUUCAUCUUGUGGAAGGCAGUAACCUCUCCUUUCUAGGAUCACUAGUGAGGAGAACAAGACCAGUAAUGAAGUGAGGGAGAUCAAAACUUCCAGAUAAUUGUAACAAUGGCAACAGCAAGGAGUGAUUGAGCUGAUCUUGCGGUAGGCAGUGACCUCCCAUUUCCAUGAUUACCAGUGAGAACAACACUGGUUUCAUAAAGCAGCGAAGGGCACAAUUUACAGAGUAAAUUUUUAAAAGAUUGCAGUGAUCACAACAGCAGGAGAAGACUGAGCUGACCUUGUGGUAAGAAGUGACCGGCCAUUCCUAUGAUCACUAGUGAGAACAACACAAGUGUCAUGAAACAGCGAAGGACAGAAUUUACAGAGUAAAUUGGUAGAAGAUGGCAGUGAUGACAACAGCAGGAGAUGACUGAGCUGACCUUGUGGUAUGCAGUGACCUGCCAUUUCCAUGAUCACUAGUGAGAACAACACUAGUGGCAUAAAGCAGGGAAGGAAAGAAUAUAUUGUAAAUUGUUUGAAGUUGGCAGUGAUGCCAACAGCAGGAGAUGACUGAGCUGACCUAGUGGGAGGUCAUUCCCAUCAUUAUUAGCAAAGUCGGGAUUAAAUGGGACAAAGCUUGUGCCUUAAAGUGGGGAAGGGCAGUAUAUCCAAGAAAUGGUCAUAUGAUAACAUUUGUAGACAAGUGAGCUUAUCUUGUGGGAAGCAGUGACCUGUCUUCCUCAUGAUUCUAUGUAAGGACAGGACUAAUGUUAAAAAGCAAGAAAGGAUAGAAUAUCUAGUAACCAAUCAGAUCAAGGGAAUGAUGGCAACAGCAGGAGAUGAGUGAGCUUAUUUUUCAAGAGUUAGUGCCCUGUCGUUCUCAUGUUAUUAGUGAGGACAGGACUAGUUUCACAAAGUAGGGAAGAAAUAAGAAAUCCAAGAAAUGGUCAAAAUGGAUACAGCAGGAGUGGAUGAGUGUGCUGAUUCUGCAGUAGGCAGUGACCUCACUAUGAGUAUUAUGUGACAUAUACUACAGUGUCAAGAGGGUAAUGAGUGGAAAAAGGAGGAUACCAAGUCACUAAUACAUGGUAGAAGAAAAAGAGGAUCCCAGCAGAAUUUCAUAGCAGGUUCAGAUUGUUGUUAAAAAUAUAGUGAUGCCAAAUGCACCUCUGUAUGAAAUGAAGUUCAUACAUGUGACUUUUCCGAUAAAAAUAUGUAGUUGUGAUCGAUCAGCUAGCAUAAGUGGGCCGUGUCCAUAUGCCACUUUGUUUCACCUCUGUGUUUUAAGUACAUAGACAGCCAAAUUAAAUGGCUAACUUACAUGACUUGCCAACCAACUUUGACCACUCAAGCCACCAUAGUAACCAUAAACAUAUGCCGGCUGUCUUAUACCAGCCAAAAUAGCAGUUGUGGUUUGUCUUGCGUUGGUGGGUGGGCUGGAGCUAUUGCUCAAGAAUUGGGCUAGGCCACAGACAGUCUGGAUUGGUUAUUUCAGGAAUGUUGGGCAGGAAUUUAUUGAAGAAUGUAGAUUCUGUGAUUUUCACAGAAAUUAAAUAUCUGACAUAUAUGCUAUAGACUAUAAAGUAGUAAAUUGGAAGGUAAUAAUUAAAGAAAGGCCAAGGACAUCACUGACAUUUUUUUUUCCUCUGCAAAAAGAGUGUGAGUUCAUUAGUUAUCAGUUUCUCCUAAAAAUGUUUUUAACAGAGGUUCAUGGCAUCAAAUACUUAUGACUGGUCUUAGUUUCAAAGACCAUGUUAAAUCUGUGGAGAACAGGUAUGACCUUGCUCUUGGUGUCCCGUUGUUUUAGGAAGAUCUUUAAUCUGGCCACAGGCAUGAGAUGUAGACCAGCCUUUAGACUGAUGUACAAUGGUUCUUUUUUUCCCCAAUAACACUGUAGAUCUUUACAAGCAUACACAGUCCAGUACUGGCAAAUGUAUUAAGAAGAAUUGAAAAGACCCCAUUGGCCAUCCAUAGACUUCAGGGUAUGAGCAGGAAAAUCCAUCACAGCAAAUUAAAAUGUAAAAGCCAUAUGGUUUGCACCUAAGCACAUGACCGAUAAAUAGACAACCAUCGGAAAAAGAGUCUUAUUUGCCCAUGUUGGCCAUUAGUUACUUUUGGCCAGCUAUAGAGUUCAGAUCCUGUUGAUAAGUGUUGAGGUACACGGCAUUCAUGUAUGAAAAGCAAUAUUGGCCUUGAGUUUUGAGGACCUGUUAUUCAUCAUUCGUUUGGUUAUUCUAGGUCUUGGGGUUCCAAUGGAGACUAGGCCUUGAUUAUGGGUUUUAUUGCUCAGUAGUUGCUUGGUUGGAGGUUGUAGAACCAAGGUUGUAAGCCUAAAACCUUGGGCUUCUUGUUCACUAUCUUAGCUUGGCAAAUACUUGGUUGACAUUUUGGCUUGAACUUGUCACCACAUGUGGCCUUUGAGGGCUUCAGGAAAGAUAUUACAGUAAUUUAGCCAUGCUUUUACAUAAUCCCAUUUUACUAUAUUUCCUAUAUAAAGUUAUCCUCUAAAAUUGGAUGUUCAGCUAUGGGGGGGAUGAUAAGAUGUUAUCUCCAGCAGAAUAACAUUUGAACGUAGCUAACACGGCACCAGGCUAUCCCGAUAUCCUCAAAAUGGAUUAAGAGUGCAUUAAUUUGUCAUGUAAAAGCAGUUUAUUGAUUUUAUAUCAGUCUUAAUGUAUAUUUUAGAAGCCCCUACCCCUCUCUCUGCCUUUGGAUACCUCCCAAGCCUCAACAAAUUACUGGAUUCUGCCUUUGAUGCUUGCAUUUUCCAGAAUACUAUGGGGACCCCUUCAGACAGGGUAGUAUCAGGUCAUACCAUCAGGUUGUUCUCUCUUCACCAUGUGUUGGCUUUUUGUCAGUCCUUUUGAAGUUAAUGUAAAGCACUUUAUUGCAGGAAAGAACUUAUCUUAAAAUGUGUAAGGGCUGUGUGCCCAUAAAACCCAAAAAUAGAUGCGCGUUGUGGGCAUCGGGGGGUGGUUUCAGCACAUUAUGCAUUUCUUCACAAAACAAGUAGCUGACAAGGCUUAAGGAGCUCAUUUUUAGAAAGUUCUUGCAUGGAUCUAAUCUGGUUUCCUAAAAUCAUGUUAAAGGUAGAACAAUUAUGAAAGGGACCAUAACACAAAUGUUUAUCAGUCAUUCAUUGGAGAUUUUGUAGGACUUUAGGACUUGGUCUCAGGCCAUAUUCACCCAUGUUGUUAACUAUUACAAGAUAGCACUUUGUAACAUCGUGUAUGAUACAAGAAGGGUUCUUUGACUGAACUAGAAAACUGCUUGGGGCUAAUUGGGUCCUACUCAUAACAGAGUGAUGAUCAGGACUCUAUAGGACUGGGAUUUGACCUAUUUUUUUGUAUUAUUAAAGCACUUCUAGCCAUUUUUUAACAUUAUUUUUUUUCUUAGUUAAGUGAAGACAGUGUGCAUGGUGUUCCUGAAGUUUACUGGACCCAUAACCCUACACUGUCAAGGUGAUCAGAACUCAACAAACAGCCAUAGGUCUUAUUUCCAUAGGGGCAUUCCUUGUACAUAAUGUAAAAUCAAUGCCAAAACAGGUUUGGCUCCAUGUUGGAGCCGAAUCCCAUUUUUUGGCCAUACAAAUAGUCGCAAGGAACCAUAAGAACCUAUGUUAAUAAAAUCCUACACCUCCCACUGUUAAAUGCGGUUGUCUUGUUUCUUGACUUAUUGAUCUUAUAUUCCCUAUAGAGAGCUACCCAACCCUGUUGCAAAAUGUGCACAAAUUUAAAAAGGACCAAAAUGUGUUGUGUAUUCAAGACUUAGACAAGUCAUGUAGAAGCCUCUUGGCUCAGGAGGCGAAAUGCGUUAAGUUCCUUAAGCUAAAACCAAUAAGCGUAUCUCUCGCUGGCUCCACUUAUUACAGGUACUUCUAGCAGCAUAGUGUUGAGAUUAUUAUAGGCACAAAUUACCAGAUCUUAAUAUACAUUUACGGGAAAAUGAAAAACAAGGUACCUCCUUGCACAGUGUACCUUGACAGUGGUAUCUGCAGUGCAGGUAUUAGUAUAGCUUAAGAUCAAUAAGGUUAAGCCAAAGCGGUAUUAAUCUGUAGUAUCUAAAGAAUAAGAAAGCACUUAUUAUAUUGGGAAUGAAACGCGUGUGUGUGUUAUAACUGAUCAUGAUCUGUGAAUUAAUGGGAAUUCUGCGGAAUGGCCUUGAAUGUAAAAUAUAUAAGUUUUAUGUACGCUCUUUCAACCCCCGAUUUCAUUAGUACAAUAAAGAAAUGGGCCCCCAGGGGUCAAUAUAGAAUGAAGUUCACUUCUUGCACAGACUCGGUAGAGAUAGAGGGAGGAGAACCUUAUAUGGGGUAUUGACAGGCACCUUGCACAAUGGGAGAGAAGAAGAGUAUAUAUAUAUUUUUUUUAUUUAGCUCAUUUCUUCCUGUAUAUAUUUUUGAGUUUAGGAAAGCAGAAUAUGUAGGAUAAAAAACGUAAAAAAUAAAAAAUGUGAAUGGUAUAGGACUCGCGAACGUCCCUCGACUUACGUGAGAAAUUUGCACUAACGUUUUCUGUGUGUCAAGGGUUAAUGAUGAUUGGAAAAAGUGGAGUGGAUGAGAUUUCACGAAAAAAGUGGAUAUCGAAUGUACAGAGAAUUGUGAUUGUACAGGCUUUCCUGAGUGCCUUAGAGGAUUCUUUUUAUGCUAAAAAUAUGUGAAAAAAAAAAAAAAAAUUGAGUUCCUCUAUGUCUGUGGGUGGAAGGUCAAAAAAAUUCUUCCUAAUGGGAUUGAAUAAACUUUAUUAAAUCCCUCCUGUUUACAACAGUUUGUUCGAUGAGCCGGAUGUGGGCUGUCUAGUAUUCGAAGAAAGGUCUGCCUAAUAUGACGUUUGUUACCAUUGCAAUGCAUGUUUUUCUUUGGGUUUAUUUGUUAGCAAUAUUAAAAAGUAUUUGCAUGAUAUAAAGCACCUUUUGUUCCUAGGUCUUGUGAAGAUUUAGGAUCUUGAAGGGGUUGGUUGCCUUCAGAUAACUUUAACUUGUGCAUGGCGGCCUCCUGCAACUUUAACCGAGCGCGCAGCUGCAAGCUGUCCUUGGUUUUUCGUUACAAGAACCGUGGAGUUUCAUUGGCUUGAGACUGUAUCUCAUGUCACAUCUUAUAUCUAAAAUAAGAGUCUUUAUGAAUAAAUAGCAAACCAAAAAUAGUAACAAUCAUCAAUUCACUUAGGGAAAGGGAAUCUGUCAUUACACAGACCUCUUUAAAUUAGUGCGGCACCAAUCUGGUGGCUUAAUAAACUGAGCCACGAAUGCUAAUGGAGCUAUCUGCCCCUCAGUAAACAUGCCUGUCAAUGCCUCAUGGGGCUUCCUCUUGUUUUUCCACCCCUUAGGUUUAGUAAAAAUAUUGUGCUUCAAAUAAGUCAAAGGGGUGGGGAAUUGUUUGUGUGUAAACAGGCAUGUCCAUGCUGAUUGGUCAAGAAGUUUAAACAGGGGGAGGAGCUUCAUUAGCAUGUGCCAUAAUUUAAAGGUGCCUGUCUGAUGGCAAACUCUCUUUUAAGGAGGGUCUGUGCAAGCCAAAAAGAAUCUGAAGGUUGAAACCCCCCUCUUUUUAAAGGGGAACUCUAUAUAAUAGGUAUCAUUCCCCUUUAAUGUCAAACAUUGAUGGAUGAAGCAGAAGCUGAAUUUCUUGCUGUGUCUUCUUCCUCUGAAAUCCACACACAUGUAAUGACACUGUACUUUAUUUUUUGUUUUAUGGUUACACUGCAUUAUUAAAGGGCACAGUGACCUCCAGUCUCACUUCGA